GUCUCUUUAGGCAGGUGUCAGUAUGCUCUAGAGCAUAAUGUCAACAAGAGGUGGAUUUGUUCGACUCACGCUGCUCGUGUCGGCGGCCCUGUUCGCUCUGCUGCUGCUCCUCAACGCGCUGCAUCGAUCGGACCAGCUGGUACCGACCCGGGGCGCCGCCGCUGCCCAGAAGGCCACACCGCCGCCAGUGCAGGAUGUGGUGGAGCCCAUCGAUGAGGCGCUCGUGCGGCAGCUGGAGCAGGAGCUGCCCGAGGUCGACUACGGCCUGUGGUAUCGCGUCGCCAAGCCGCUGGCCUACAAGGUCAACUCCAGCUGUGCCGCCUAUCCGGAUCCCCUGGACCUGCACCUGCACAACAUCUACUGGCAGACGUUCCUCAAUGCCAACGUGACCUUCCAGCUGUAUGCCGCCUACUUGGACCAGCGGACGGCCGUGAAGCAUCGCACGGUGCGCAUACUGGCCACGGCCAACCAAAUCGGAGACGCCUUCCCGGCCACCCACUGCCAGCUGUGGUACGAGGGCCACCGGGAGCCCAUCUUCGUGAAGGUCAACGAGUUCCUCAGCGUCUGGGUGAAGAACUGGGGCCACCAGCCGCAGCUCAGCUAUCCCCACCUGCUCGGGUGUCCCGUGCCGGAGGAUUUGCCGCCGAAUAUCUACGACUCGCUGCCCCGCACCGUGUCCCUGGUGGUCGAGCGCUGCCACAAGGCCACCAACUCCCUGCGUGUGCACUUUGAGCUGCCCAAGCAGCGACCCAGCAGCACCAUUUCCACAAGCAACGGGCAUGGAAGCAAUGUGGCCAAUGCCACGGCUCCGCUGAGCUUUGGGGUGUGCCUGAAGGGCUUUGACUUCCCCUACGUGGACCUGUCGGAGCGGCUGAUCGAGUGGUUCGAGCUGCAGCGACUGCUGGGCGCCACACGGGUCUAUGCCUACAUGUACGACGUGCAUCCGUCGGUGCAGCGGGUGCUGGACUACUACCAGCGGACGGGCUACCUCGAGCUGCGACCGCUGACGCUGGCCAACGGCAUGCCCCGGCUGCGCCACUACCAGCACAUGCUGCUGCAGCAGCGGCGGCUGGUGAAGCGGCUGAACGAGCUGAUACCCUACAACGACUGCUUCUACCGCAACAUGUACCGGCACGACUAUCUGCUCAAUGUGGACGUGGAUGAGGUGAUCAUGCCGCUGGGCGCGCAGCGCACGUGGCAGGACGUGGUCGAGCGCGCCCACCAGCUGGAGCUGGCCAAGGGAGGCAAGUGCGCGGGACGCUUCACCUCGCUGUGCAUCAUCAAUGCGUACUUCACGCGUGUGGUGCCCGAGGCGCGCAAUCACGAGGAGCAGGAGGCCGGCGAGCUGUAUGUGCUGCAGCACACGCUGCGGCAUCGCAAUCACUCGCUGCCCGGACGUGCCACCAAGUGUUUCCACAACACCCGCUACUCCCUGACGCUGCACAAUCACUUCACGCUCAAGUGGCUCACGGGCGCCUGCAAUCCGCGCACCGUCAACACCACAGUGGCCCAGAUGCAGCACUACCGCGAGCCGGAUAAAAAGUACGAGCUCGCCGAUCUCGUUGAGGAUCGCAGCGCCUGGCGGUAUGCCGAGGCGCUGCGUGCCGCCGUCGAGCAGGUGUGGCUGCAUCUGGACGAUGUCCAGGGCCAGGCCAGCGAUGCCGAGGAGCAGUCAGCGCUGGAAGAGGCACUGGUCGAGGAGCACGAAACAGACCUCGAGCAGCAGCAGCAGCAGCAAAUGAUGCUCCAUCCCCCAGUGCCCGUAGCCAGGAAGUAGUUUUAGCCUUAAGGUUUAUCUUUUUUUUUUCUAUUUAGUUUUAGUUCCUAUUCAACAUUUAUACUCAGCAGCUCAGAAGUCUGAAGCCGCACGCCAAUUACAAGUGAAAUUAAAAAUGA